AUGGCAUAUCUCAUGCACGAACUCCUCAAAAACAAAUCAACUCAAAGAUUCAUCCUAUCUCUCAAAACCCCACAACACCAACAUCGACUCUCAAAAGUUAGCCCUUCACUAAUCCCUCAACAAACUCACCAUUUUUCAUUAAUCCAACCUGAAAAUUCCCUUGAAAAUGACAAAUCUACUGAACCCUCGAAGUUGUACCCAAGUUUCCCGUUUGGGUAUUUAUUGAACCCCGUUAGCUCAAUUGGGUUUGACACAAUGGCUAUCAUGGAGGUCGAGGAGGAGGAAGUAGAGACUGAGGAUAAUAAUGCCGGAAAAGCAUGGGCAGAUAGUGUGAAGAAGAAGAGGAAGAAGAAGAUGAACAAGCAUAAAUACAAGAAACUCAGGAAGCGUCUCAGGAGAAAAACAUAG